AUGCCUCACGACCCGUCCUUAGCCGACAUCGCACCUGAGGAUACACAUCCCAAGUCGCCAAGGAUUGCAGGGCGGGAGCGGAAGCGGGUCGCAAGAGCAUGCACUUCAUGUCGUCGACAGAAAGAGAAAUGCACAGGGGGCUUCCCGUGCCGACGCUGUGCUCGAUUCGGCCGAAAUUGCGAGUUUGUGGACAUCGGAAGCUCACUGAGCAUGGAUUACCUGAAGCGUAACCAAAGGGAGAAUGAUGCAGCUCAGAAUCAAAUCGCUGAGCUCACCGAGCGACUAACUCUCAUGGAGAAAAUACUCACCCGACGUCUUGGUGUCAGCAGCUUUGACAUAGCCUCCUUGCGUAACUUAGCCAAUACUGCUUCUCACGAUGAUGUCGACGAUCUUUCCACGGGCCAGUCUAACCUCCACACCCAUGAGAUCGGAGAUUUGGACGGUGAGGAUUUCAAGGAGAAGAUCACCGUAAAAGAUCUCGGUCAUAACAUCACACAUUAUUCUGGGGAGUUCUCUCACUGGAACUUCUCUAUGACGAUUCUCGAGCGGAUCGCGAGUUGUUCUCCACCAAACUACCAGGAAAUCCCCCAUGUUCCAGAUCUCAUAGAACACCACCGCGCCGAGGAGCUCCAGUCGCCGUCAGGCCCUCUCCCAGUGCUUGCCACGCUCCCACCACGGCACAUUGCUGAUUUCCUCGUCAGAGUGUUCUUCAAGAAUGCCCAAACCAACUAUUUCCUCAUUGAAGAAGCCUGGCUAUUGUCAAAACUCGAUAUACUUUACACUGACACUCAUAGAAUCACACAUCGCGAUGUGAGUACUGUCUGUAUUGUCUUUGCUCUUCUGGCCAUAGGCACUCAGUACGCCUAUCUUGAUGAACUAUCCGAGAAUGGGGAAAGCCAGAACCUAGCACCGGACUCGACAAGCACCUUCUCAGAGGAUUCUAUUGGAGUCAUGUUCUACCAGCAAGCCUGCAAACUAGUUCCAGACGUAAUCGCCAUAUCCUCUCUCGAGAGUGUCCAGGCUUGCUUGCUGAUUGGCAUGUAUGCCCUGCCACUAGACGCAUCAGGUUUGGCGUAUACAUAUCUUAGCCUUGCUAUGAAAUUGGCAGUUCAAAAUGGGAUGCACAGGAGGUGCCCCGAUCACGGUUUAGAUGCUUCAGCCUUCAAAGUACGGAACCUCGUCUGGUGGACUGUUUAUACCAUGGAGAGGUCUGGCUGCCCAUCUAGACGAAUUUCCGCUAGGAAAAAAGUGCUGACAGUCGAUAUCCCAUAUAGACGCCUGGAGGUAUUUCACGGUAGACCACUGUCUAUCUCAAUGAGUGAGAUCGAUGCAGAUAUGCCUGUUGAACAGCAAGAUGCGAAUCUAUCUCCGAGGGGCAUCAAACCUGCGCUCUCGACCUUGCAUCUCCACAAGAUGCUGGCUACCAUCGCUGGCCAAGUCUCCAUGCUGCGGAAACCACAAGAGCAGAACAUAGAUACGAUUGUGGAUCGUCUAGUCAAACUCAAUGGUCGUCUUCGUGACUGGUGGGAGAGGCUCUCUGAGGCAGCCACAGGAGACAGGCACACACUGAAUAGCAACACCAGCCGCCCCGAAGCGCAUUUAAAGCUAGAGUAUUGCCUAGUUCGCAUGUUCAUGGGUCGUCUCUUCAUAUUCGACCAGAUGUCGACAAGCAGCCACGCCUCUGCUUCCAGUGCCCCUGGCAGUCAGCUGCUGCGAGGGGUCGGCAGCACGACCCCAAAGAUGAGCGCCAGAUCGAUAUUAAUCAAUGAUUGUAUCGAAGCUGCUAUUACAGUAGUAGAUACUUGCAAGAUGCUCCAGUCGAGCAUUGGACUUGCGCGAGCAUCGUAUACAGAGUUCACCGCUUGCCGUGCCGCACUUCUCGUUCUUGUGGCAAUGUGCCUUCAAAAUAAGACGGAGGAGCUGCAAGACUACCUAAAACAAGGGCUCACCAUGAUGAAAUUCAUGUCGGCAGGAGGGGAAUCAGCGCGCUCGGAUACAUCGUUGAUCGAAAUAUUUCACCCUAGUCUCCACACCAGCCUCGACCACACCAUUGCUUCUGGAGAAGAUAACGAUUACAGUCGUUUCAAAGACUGGGAAAAUCUAUGUAAUGGUGCAGUACCAGGCUCCGGUAUGUCAGCUACUUCAGAGCCUGGCAUUGGGACGUCAUCGCCCCUGAAUGCCAUGCUUGGUCUGGAACCGAUGACAGAUAUGACUUGGAUGAGCCAGUCUAUAGAUUUUGAAUCACACCUGCCUGCCACCCCCCCAGCGACAGAUUGGUCAAUGGCUAAAUUCGUAGAACAGAAGCCCAGGAUAGCUGGCAGGAAUACAGGUGAGAAAGAACUUCGCUUGGAGCUUUGGGGCGGCUUCAUCCCUAGGGGAAUCAACUAG